CCCCCAACCCUCGACGCUCUCAAAAUUUCUCCGAGCUUUCCCCCACAUCGCCGCCCAAAACCCACACUGCCCGACCAAAACCCUCCCCGGCCGGCCUCCUUCCCGCCGCCGACGGCGAGGUCUCCAUGGCGACCCCCGCCCCCGCCCCCGCCUCCCGCAGGAUAGCGGGCACCGAGGUCCCCAUCACAGGCUCGGACAAGAUACGGUGGAUCGACCUCACCGUCCCUUCCUCCUCCUCCGCGCCGGAGAGCGCCACGGACCCAUUCGUCUCCGUGCCCCCACGCGCUGCCUCGGGGUGCCACAUCGUGUACCCCGGCAGCGAUUCCCAGCGCUACCUCGCCUGGAGGAUUCAUGAGGAACACCAAAAUGUGCUAGAGGUUAUUGAACUCUGUGCUUCCAAGGAGUUUCCCAGCUCUGGACUGCGGUUGAUAUUUGAGGAGGAGCUAUGCCCAUUCGCUUUUAUAUGCGAAAGUGAGGGUGCCAGAAGGGACAAGUCUGUAUAUUUACUAUAUGUGGUUACUGUUUCUGGAGUUGCUUUCUUGUGCAACUUGCACAGCCCAUUUUCCUAUGUAUCUGGCUCGAUACUGGCUCAAAACGAUAUAGUGGAAUUUAGUCUCCAAACCCUCACACAGAGUGCCAAGGUUACAGCUGUAAAAGCAAAGCCUGGAUGUCUGGUUAUUGGGCGCCAAGAUGGGUCAAUCUGUUGUUACAGUCUUGGCAAAGUAGCUCCUUGUUCACCAGGUUUCUCAAAUGAGCUCCGUGAUGAUGCUGGAAUCGGGCGUUUGUGGACUCUCAUGUCAAGAACAAAGGCUGUGGGACCUGUGCAAGAUAUAGAGACAGCUAUUGUAAAUGAAAGGGAACUGUUGUUUGUUCUUCAUUUGGAUGGAAGUUUGCGUGUAUGGGAUAUUUUUAGUCACACGAAAGUUCUUAAUUAUAACGUUCAGUCGAAUGGUUUUGAAGGGCAACCCUCUAGGCUAUGGGUUGGUGAGGCCGAUGAUGAUCAAGAGCUGAUAACUUUGGCAGUUCUACAUCAAGGCACUGUGGUUCCAGCUUGUGAUCGUGUUGCUGUAUAUGGCUUCAGUUUUGGUGCCGGAGAGAAGUUCUUGUUAUCCCCUGAGCCUUCAGUGUUCGAUGUACCUUUGCUGGAGGGAAAGCUUGUUGAUUUGAAAAUAAGCACAGAAAAGCUUUGGAUACUUAAAGAAGUUGGACCAAUGCUCUAUGAAAUAGUGCAGUAUGACACUGAUACUGGGGAAAUGUGUUCAUAUGUGCUUCAAGAAGAUGCUAUCAGUGAGCAAAUGUUCCAAAGUUCUGAGAGUGCAUUGGAUGAUUUGGUCUGGACUGCCGAUUCAAUAUUCUCUUCUACGAAGGAGCAUAGUUUCAGUUUUAUCUCAUCCAUGUUUCUGCGGAGGCUACUGCAACCAGGAGUGAACCACUGGUGUGCUCUUCGCGAAACCUUACUGGAGUACAAAAGGUUCCUAUCAGAUUCCGAGUUCCAGUCACUCACAACUAGUGGGCUAGGGAAAGAAAUAUUAUCCAUUAUAGAACAAGAGGAAAGUUCACAGACUGCAAGUUCUACUGCUUAUCACUGGAAAAAGUUCUCUGCCCGGUAUCUCCACAACUGGUGCCGGAACAAUCGGCCAUAUGGGUUGCUUCUUGACACUAACGGUGAAGUGUUUGGUUUAAUUAGAAAGGGUUCAUUUUCUCUCUUCCGUUGUUUGGAGCGUGUGGAGCAACUUAUUUAUGGUUUCUCUGAUGAAUUGGGAAAUCUCAAUGGCCUUGAAUUGACCAUAUUGAGUGAAAAAUCUGAAACCGAAAUCCUCAUUGAAGUUCUCACAUGCAUGGGCCAUAUUCACCAUUUGCUGGGGAGAUCUUCUGCUGCAAUAUAUCACGAGUCCCUCAUCAGUUCUGUCAUAUCACUUGAUGAAAUUGCUUCUCAGAUACUAAAGAUUCUAGAAACGGGUUUCAGUCCUCAAUCUUCGUCAGCCCUCAUUGCAUUACUUGGAACAGAUGCUUAUGUAGAAAGAAGGCAGAUAGCUCACAAAAGCCAAAGGAAAUUUUCUGUUGAGAUGUUACUAUCGUUCCAGAAGUUGCAAUCAAGAUCCAUAUCCUGGCCAGCAGUGUUCGAUGUGAUUGAGAGGUUCAUGAAGUAUUUGAACACAGAGUUAACCAGACAAGAGUGUGAAUCAAAGAGAGUUUGUAAUAUAAAUUCUAUGUUAUUAGUUCAGGCUACUUCACAGGUUGCAAGAACAAUGUUUGAGUCUGCUUUUGACCUAUUUCUGUUCCUCAGAUAUCUGGUUGGUGUCGGUGGGCAGGUCUCCUUGUUGCAAAGCGAUGCUGCUAGAAUAAAAUUGAAAUUGUUGCCAAUGAUUCAAGACAUAUUGGGACAGUGGAUUGUUCUCCAUUUUAUAGGAAUUUCACCAACCAUGCCACCAACAAUCGAGGAUUUCAGCUAUCAACUCUCUUCUCUCCAGCUAGGUAUAGCUGAUGAGCUGUCUUUGCACAGAAAGCUUGGCUCCUCUGAUUUUACAUUGGCUUGUUUGCUCGAUUUUCCUAAAUCUGCUGAAGGGGAUGCUCUGUCACCAUGUUUUCCUACUCCAGCCGAGGUGAUCAACUUGGUCAGGAGGUUUAGCAGUUCAAUUAUGUGCAGAAGUAAUGUUGAACAUGUAGACGGUUUCUUGGAUACCUCAUGGGUACACAGUUUCUUGGGUUCCACAAUCAAUCUGGCAGCACUUUUUGUCCGUCAUGGUCAAUAUGGAGCUGCUGAGAAUCUUCUGGGCAUUCUCGAAACAUACUGGAACAAUGGAAGAGCAUCCCAAACUGACAAGGAUACUGAUAUUGCAAGUUUGGCACGGUUACAUCUCAACGGAUUUUGCCUUUUGAUGCUUGCACAUGACGAAGCAAAUAUCGUUUUGAAAGAAUCGAAGGUCCAUGAAGCUAUCAGAUGCUUCUUCAGAGCUGCAUCUGGACAGGAAGCUCCAAAGGCUUUGAAGAAGUUUUCUUCAGAAACAGGGUUUCAAUUUUCCGGGGAAUGUAGAUCCAUUUCUUUAUGGAGGCUUCAUUACUACGAAUGGGCAAUGCAAAUUUUUGAGCAGCACUCCAUGAGUGAGGGAGCAUGCCAGUUUGCUCUUGCUGCUCUUGAACAAGUUGAUAGCAUUUUUUAUUUGAACAAUGGAAGUGAUGCCGAGGAUCUUCCAGAGACUGCAGCGAUGAUUAAAGGACGAUUAUGGGCGAACGUAUUCAAAUACAGCUUAGAUUUGAAAAAGUUCCAUGAUGCAUAUUGUGCUAUAAUUUCAAAUACAGAUGAAGAUAGCAAGUAUGUCUGUUUGAGGCGUUUCAUCAUAGUUCUUUGUGAGCUUGGCGAAACAAAGGUUAUUUGCAGUGGUGAGAUACCAUUCACUGGUUUGGUGGAAAAAGUGGAGCAAGAGCUCUUCUGGAAGGCUGAGCGCUCGGAUCUAUCUUCCAAACCAAAUCUGUACAAGGUCCUUUAUUCAUUUGAAGCCUAUAGGAACAAUUGGAGGAAGGCAGCUGCAUACAUGUACAGGUAUUUUGUUAGAUUGAGUCGGGAGGGGAAUGCAGGUGGAACCCUCCAACUUUCUCAUGUAUUGCAAGAGAGAUUGCAUGCUUUGGCUGCUGCUAUCAACUCGUUGCAGCUUGUUGAUCCCUCAUCUGCCUGGCUUGAUUCGGUUUGUGAAGCUGAUGAUCAAAUUUCACCCAGCAAGAAGCCUCGUAAUCUUUUGAUGGAGAACUCUGCUUUUGGCACAGAUUCGGAGCGCUCUCGAUUGCAAUUUUGUGUUGACAUUGAAAUUCUUGAGAAGGAAUAUACACUAACAGAAGCACUUUAUAUGCUUAGUACUGUAAAUUCUAGAUCCAAUUUUUCUGAAAGCUAUUCUAUUGAAACCUUGACGGAUAUUCUUAUAAAUGAAAACCUGUAUGACCUGGCAUUCACCAUUGUACUCAAAUUUUGGAAGGAUUCAGGAAUGAAAAGAGAAUUGGAGCGUGUCUUUGCAGCCAUUGCACAGCAGUGCUGCCCAAAUAAAGUAGGCAAUUCUGGGAGAGAUUUGACCGGCAGUCAACAGCUGCUGCUGCUGCCUUCUUCCCAGGAUGACGCAUGGGAUGACAAUAAUAAGAGUAUUGCUGUGGCCCAUCAAGUUCGGGGAAGUUGCCAGUGGGAAACCCUUGAAAUAUAUUUGGAUAAAUAUACCGAUCUGCAUCCGAGGCUGCCUGUCAUUGUUGCCGAAACACUUCUUUACACUGAUCCUGAGAUUGAGCUACCUCUUUGGCUGGUUCAGAUGUUCAAGACUUCCAAGGGCGGAAACAGGAUGAUUUCGUGGGGCAUGUCUGGCAAAGAGGCAGAUCCAGCUGCAUUAUUUCGACUAUAUAUAAAUUAUGGGCGGCACACAGAAGCAACCAACUUGUUAGUGCAGUACUUGGAUUCGUUUGCAUCAUCGAGACCGGUGGAUGUGCUCCACCGCAAAAAAAUGUCUGCUGCCUGGUUCCCGUACACCACAAUCGAGAGAUUUUGGUCCCAGCUUGAAGAGAUGCAAAGUGCUGGCCAUAGUGUUGAUCAGUGCGACAAGCUCAAGAAGUUGCUACAUGGAGCUCUGAUGAACCACCUGCAACAAGUUGUCGUUGACUCUGAAGAUGUGCUGUCAUCUGUUGGGGGAGGUCAAGGAACGGAGAGCCAAAGCAGCUGAGAUCAUGUUCGUUGUGGAUUAGUCGGGUUACACACUGUUGUAUCUUGUAUUUAGUUGGUGUAUUAUUGUCUCUAGGAGACCCCUCUGCCAGAAAAUGCUUAUUGUUCGUCUCUGUAGGCGAUGCUCUGUUUUGUAAUGUGAAUAUGGGUAGUAUGUUCAAGUUCAAUGUUGGUUGGUUGAUGGCCAAUGAUGUCCCAGUAAGAGUUUUGAUCACAGGAACUAGUCCAGAGAUGAAAAGGACGCGGUGUCGCCUAAACUGACUGAUUUUUUAACCAUUUGAAUUUGUGAAACUUCCAAUUUAGAAGUCCAUAUUCUGAUUGAAGAUACACUCUGAUUGUAGGCCACAUUCAAAUAUGCUUAUGAUAAUUAAAGGGACGUUAUCUUGUAA